AUGACAUACUCGGAGAGUUACUUAAUUGGAAUGACAGCAGUGGUUGAAGAAGAAGAACCUUGGACCCUUCACUUCGAUGGGUCAGCCACGGCUAGUGGAGGAGGAGCUGGAGUUGUACUCGUGGACCCUAAGGAGUAUGCCAAACCUCUUUCAUUCAAGCUAAACUUCUCAUGCACCAAUAAUGUGGCAGAGUAUAAAGCUUUUAUUGUUGGGCUCGCAACUUCACAUGAAUUGGGAGUCAAGAAAAUCAGAGUGAUCAGGGAUUCAAACCUAGUCAUUAGUCAAUUAAAGGGAGAUUUUGCAGUGAAAGAAGCAACCUUGGCACCCUAUAGGACUUUGGCAGAAAAGCUAAUAAAGGGGUUUGAGCAGAUAACUCUUGAGCACAUUCCCGGCAGCACUAACAGAUAUGCAGACGCUUUAGCUACCCUUGGUUCCAAGCUUUCAUUCACAAGGGAGAAACCCAACAUCACUGUAAUCCAAAACAACAAGCCAUGUGUAGAAGUUAUGAUUCUCUCAAUCCCACCAAGUGAGAAAGAUUGGCGGGAAUCUGUCAAGAACGAGAUGGCUCAGUUGGACAAAGAAGACAGACUCAGAACAUUGGGAGACUAUAGUUUGAUAUUUGGAGAGUUAUACAAGCGUCUUCCAGGAGGAGUGCUGGCCCGUUGUGUAGGUGAAAAAGAAGCUCAGAGGAGAUUGCAACAAGUACAUGAGGCCACUUGUGGGAUGGAGCAAGUAGUCAGCUUAUACCGGAGGUUGCAACGCAGAGCAAUUACUGAAGAUUGGAGAUCACCAUACUUGGAAUACCUCAUAAGUAAGACAUUGCCGGAAGAUCGUAAGCAUGCAUACAAGGUCAAGAAGACGGUAAAAAGGUAUUUUAUGGAUGGGAGCACGCUGUAUAGAAAGGGAUUCAAUGGUGAGCCAUUAAGAUGCCUUGGGACUACUGAAUGUCAGCAAGUUCUACAAGAAGUGCAUGCUGGAGAAUGUGGAGAGCAUCAAGGAAGAAAGAAGCUUUACCGGAAGCUGUUAGACUUAGGAUACUACUGGCCUAACAUGCGUGAAGAUGCCCAUAACACAGUCAAGAAGUGUCAUACAUGCCAAGCACACGGAAACUUAGGUCACAAGCCACCGACGUUGUUACAAGACAUGAAAACACCUUGGCCAUUCCACACCUGGUGGUUGGACUUAGUAGGAACCAUUCACCCAUCUUCUGGGGGCUUCAUAUGGAUUCUCACAGCAACUGAGUCUUUCACCAAGUGGGUGGAGGCAGUUCCACUUCGUAAGGCAACGGGAGCUGCAAUUUCAAAUUUUAUAAGGGAGAACAUCAUUUGCAGAUUUGGUAUUCCUUAUAAGAUUGUAUCUGACAAUGGGACACCAUUUGUCAAUCAAGAAGUGAGCAAAACACUCAAGGGAUAUGGAAUCAAGCAUAGGAGAUCAACACCUUAUUAUCCUCAAGGGAACGGCCAAGCUGAAGCUACAAACAAGACGCUCAUCCGAAUCUUGAGCAAGAUGGUACAUGAAUACAAGGGAGGAUGGAGCACUCAUCUACCGGAUGCCUUGUGGGCUUAUCACACUUCACCUAGGAGUGCCACCGGGUUCUCUACAUAUUCCUUGGUUUAUGGAUCUGAAGCAGUUUUACCAGUAGAACUUAUGAUCCCGACGGCUAGAGUGCUAGCUGUUAAUGAUCUGGAAUGGGAUGACGAAUCUUGUGCAAAGUGGAGGAUGAUGGACCUUGAAGCAGCAGAUGAGAGACGAAGACAAGCAGAGGCAAGGGCAGAAGCAUAUCGGCAAAGAGUGACCCAAGCUUACAAUAGAACAGUCAAAGAGAGAAGCUUCAAAGAAGGGGAUUUAGUUCUUAGAACCGUUGACUGGGUAAGAAGACAGAUGCCUGGCCCUUCUAAAUUCGCAGCUCAGUGGGAAGGACCAUUUGUCGUUAAGGAGUCUCACAGGAGUGGUUAUUACCGUCUUGUUCAUGCUAACAGUGGUGAGCUGACUGAUCCCAUCAAUGGCAAAUGGCUCAAGUCUUACUACUGCUAG